AUAUUUUCUGUCUGUCCUUACACCGGAAGUGCCCCGCCAAAACCGGAACUGGCUGGAGGAUUUUCCAAGCUAGGUAGCCUAAAAAACAACAACAGGGUUAAUUGAAUGUAUGCAUGAAAAGCACAAGGAGAUUUAUUUGAAGUCAGGGAUCUCUGUGUAUGCCAGGCGGAACCUCCCAUUUCCAAACAGGAGGAGGAUCUCUGCGAGGUCAGGUCAAAGACCUGGAGGAGAAGCUGGAGACGCUGAAGAUGAAGAGGACAGAGGACAAGGCCAAACUGAAGGAGCUAGAAAAACACAAGAUCCAGCUGGAGCAGCUUCAGGAAUGGAAGAUAAAAAUGCAGGAGCAGCAGACCGACCUCCAGAAACAUCUUAAAGAAGCCAAGAAGGAAGCCCGUGAUGCACAGGAAUCCAAGGACCACUACAUGGAGGAGAUGUCAGACACGGCCGACGCCAUUGAGAUGGCAACACUGGACAAAGAGAUGGCAGAGGAGAAAGCAGAGUCAUUGCAGGUGGAGGUGGACAGUCUGAAAGAGAAAGUGGAUGAGCUCUCUAUGGACCUGGAGAUUCUUAGACAUGAGAUUUCAGAGAAAGGAUCAGACGGAGCUGCCUCAAGUUACCAUGUCAAACAGCUGGAGGAGCAGAACAGCAGACUGAAGGAGGCUCUAGUCCGGAUGCGUGACCUGUCUUCCUCAGAGAAACAGGAACAUGUGAAGCUGCAGAAGCAGAUGGAGAAGAAGAGCACUGAGCUGGACACUCUGAGGACUCAGAAGGAAAAACUGCAGGAAGAAGUCAAGAACGCAGAGGAGAUGUGGCAGUGGUACAGCCUGCACAAGUGCCUUAAUGCCGACCCUCAAGCUGGCAGUGCACAAGAGAGGAAGAUGGCAGAGGAGGCUUUCUCUUCUGUUCGCCAGUGGCUUGGAAUGAAGGAGGAGGACAUCAGCUCCAAGUCACUGAAGGUAGCUGACACUGCCAUGGCCCCUCCACCAGACCCUCCACAGCAGCCACAGACAGACCCCGUUCCACCAUCGCAGGAACCUCCAUCUGGUCCUCGUAAGAGGACGUCAAAGUCUGCGGCACUGCCACAGCCACAGCCAAUAGAAGCCACUGUCACGCAGCCUGAGGUGUCAUUUGAGGGCUGGCACAAACAGUGGGAGUCCGGCCCUCAAGGUCUCCCCAGUGCUGACGUGAAGUGGCUGAAGGAGGACGCUGAAAGGGGGCUCUUUAAGAACCUCCCCAUCGCUCGCAGGAAAAUUCUGAAGGAUGAUCGCAUGUGGUUCCAUCCACCAGAAAUUCCUGGAGUGGUGGUGGGGGGAGGAGUGCCCUCUGCAGACGCUUUUUUUAGAAGCCGUGUCUUCUUUUGGAGGCCUGUGGGAGUGUGGGGCUACAGCCUUCGCUGUCCCAGGUCAGGAUGCCCCGGGGAAAAAGCAGCCUUUCUGUACCCCUGUGGGUAUGGAAACACAGUGAGGCAUAUCUGUGACAUGACUGGCUGGUACAGCAUGCUCACAGAGCUCCUGGCCUGCAACGCGUGCAGGAAGGCUGCAAAGGGCUCUCAGGAGCAUACAAUUGGUCGCUUCCUGGCGUGGGAUGCUGCUAUUUUGAAGCAGCUGACUCCAGCCCACCAAGCUGUGUUCCCUGCGAUCCUAACACCAAGACGCGGUGUGGACAAGCAAGUUGUCCGCCUGAUGAGGGAUCGGACUGAGGGCAACACCAUGGUUAAGGUGUGGAGGCAGGUCCAGGAGGGUCACUGUGAGGAGUACCUGCAGAGAAAGGACCUCUACACCAACCUUCUCUGUCAGCUCAGCAGACCUGGAAGCAUCAUGAGUGCUCUGGGCCAUCAAUACCAGAAGCCGCCGACGCGCAGGGAGCUGCCGUCGCCGAGGCUUCUUAGAAAAGCCUACCUGAUCUAUGAGGCAGAGCACAUUGAGGACUACCGGACACAAAUCAUGUCCACGUUCGGGAAAGUCCUCAAGUAUGUCUCCACCAGGAAGAUCUGCAAGAAGCUUUCAGGUCACGGAAGAGGCACUGCAGAGUGGUGCACCAACGUGGCCAACGAGCUGGGGCAGGUCCUCAUGUCGGUGUUCACCUGCGAGGAGUCUCUUACGUGCCUGAAGCCCAUGGCUGACGGCCUCAUGGAGCGCUACAGGAGAGCAGGAGAGGGCCCUCCUGAGCUGAUGUAUGUGGACCGUGGCUGCUGCAGGGUGCAUGGUGUCUCCUCUAUGGAGCAUCUCUUCAGCGACUGGGCGAACAGUGGAAUGAUGGUGCGGCUGGACAUCUUCCACUGGAUAGAGCGCUUCGAUGCGGCCGUCCGGACAGACCACCAUCCUAAAUAUGCACUGUUUAAGUCUGCGCUCUCUGCAGCUGUCUUCUCCUACAAUAAGGAUGACAUGGCGCUGCUCAUCCAGGCCAUGCGUGCAGGAAACACGACCAGGUAUGCCUCACUGACUGACGCGAAGAUGAUUGAAAUCUACGUCAGCAAAGAAGAUCUCCACCACUUUGUCAGGAGGAUCACGUUGGGAGCCCAGGAGUCCUUCCUCCGUGUGCAGACAGCCAUCAACAGCCUGAAGGGAGCAGCUGGGCUGGAUGAGAACCAGGUCCCUCUGUUUAAGGACGCUGCAGCCAUCGACCGGGUCUGGGAGAACCAGCAGAAGCACCUGGAGUGCAUUCAGGAUCCCCCAGGGAGAGACAUGUACACUGUCAUGAAGGUCGUCACCCGCAACAGUGUGCGCAUGCCAUACUAUACCACCGUGAGAGGAAGCAACAGCCUGGAGGGGAUCCACUUCUUCCUGCCCCGGAUGUUCCCAGGGCCCCACUGUGCUGCCGUCCCCUUCCAGGUAUACCUCCUCAGUGGCAUCGCACACUGGAACUCUGACCGGGAGUCAGGCAGCGUUAAAGGCCAGAAGGGCAGAAAAAAUCGAGUGUACAUGUCUCCCCUGAUAGAUCGGCUUAACAAGCGGUGCCAAGACCUGUUUGGCGAGGUGGAGGAGAUCAACUUCAGGCCUCCAGUUCCUCCUGGUGAGGAGCGCAUUGGGCUGGAGUACCUCUUUGCCCAAUCUUCCCAGCCCUUCAGCGCUUCUGAGCAUUACGCUCAAACUAGAGAAACGCUUCAGACUGUGGAGGAUGAAGACGAUGAAGAGGAGGUUGCUGCCGACACAGAGGAGUCCACGGAAGAUGAUGUGGGCUACGCCACAGACGCUGAGAGCGACGACCUGGGUCCGCUGAAGAGGAAUCUGGUUCUCACAGACCAGGUGGUGGCUUCGGAGCACGACCCGUGUGUGGAGGAUGUGUGCGGCCCCAAUCAUCUCCCUGGGUACCAGCAUGUGGAAGAGCUGAGCAGCAUUCUCGUUGAAAUUGCGUUGGAGGAGGGAAAGCUUGCUCUUAGUGACUCUACAAGAGAGAGAGUAGUCAGCGCCUGGAACAAGCUUGACCUCCACGACCGCAGCAUCCAACAAUUUGACAGCCUCUACUCUGCACGCUGGGGGAACGCUCUGUUUGGCCGCACCAACGGAGAUCCGGCCGAGGCCUCUUUGGUGCAGAAGCUGAAGUUUAACAAGCGCUUCUCUCCCGCCCACCUGCUUGACUCCAGGAAGAACCGGCUGAUGUACUGCAUCGUUAAACAGCUCUGGCUUCACCCGGACUGUAGGAAAAAGGCUCGCGGCUCCCCUCUCAAGCACCAGAUCACCACACUCUACCAGCGGGUGCAACAGAGAGUGACUGUGGAUGACGCUGAACUCAGCAAACUAGGGAUUCCCAUCCUGAAAAUGAACAACAAAUCUGUUGCUGAGUUCAUAAGGAGACAGGAAGCCUUCUCAGCCACAAACGUGACGGAUCGAGGUUUGUCUAUCCUCCAGCGUCCGCAGAGCAUCACCAGCACCAGCCUACCUCCCGCUGCAGAGCUCCCGGAUGAGAGGCCGCACACCAGCCGACCUCAAGUGCAGUAUGAGGUCACUCUAUCUCUGGCUGGCACGCGGAAACGCAAAGUGGCGCAUGACCACCUAACGUCUGCACCCCAACCUCAGCAAUCAAUAGCGGCAGCGACAGCGACGGUCACCACGGCAGCAGGACUCCAGCCCCAGCCCCAGCCCUUGUUCGUGUUCCUGCCACUCCGUAGACCAGCUCUUCCCCCCCAGCUGCUGCCGCCGCCUGUUUUCCUGCCGCCUCCCGCACUGCCACAAGCCAGAUCUACUCUGUACAAGAGGAAAAAAACAGAGCUGGGCGCUACACGGCCCCAGAGCACAGUGCAAAAGCACACAUGCGCACUUUGUGGCCAGUCCACUCAAGGACACAUAAAAUACAGGAAAAAAACAUACUGUCAGCAAUCCAAAUUAUCCACAUCCAAAGGCCUCACUGGAAAGACUUUUGUAAAUAUCACAGACUUCCAUAUGGCAGUGGACGAGCUUCUGGCCUCUCAGUCCCAGGCCCCUUAGAGCAGCGCUCGAAUGCUCUGACACUGGGCUCUUUGUAUAUAUUAUAUAUAUUAAUAUUUGACAGACACAAUCAUUCGUUUUGUAUUAUAUUUCACUAUGCACCUUAUUUCUCACGGUUUGAAUUUUAUAUUUUAGAGGUGUUUUUACUGUUGUGCUUGCUGUGUUCUUUGUAUAUAUUUAGCAGAUGCAAUCAUUCUUUUUCCAGUUCAUGACAUAUCUUUAUGCACCUUCUUGGAAACUACUUACUAAUUACUUCCUUAAUUUGCAAAUCACAAAUGUCACAACUCAUCAAAAUCUUGUUUUGUGUGUAUAUAUAUAGGCUAUAUGCACUCGUUACCUCUGUCACAGGCAUAAUAAUUCUCUUGCACUACGAGCUUGAUGCCUUUUACAUUGAUCUCCAGGACAAGGCUUUAUAUUCUAUAAUGUAUAUUUAAUCUUUAUCUUGGUUGUCAUUGCUGUUUUAGAUUUAUAUUUUAAGCUAAUAUUACAAUUAUUUAUGUUUUUUUACACCUGUGUUUAUAAACCUGUGACAACCUAUUUUAUUAUUGAAAAUGUGAGUUAUUAAAAAAACAAAAAUUGCACUCCAAUAAACCUCUCUGACCUUUA